AUGAGCCGAUCACCCCCACAUCCCAGCCAACUUCAGUCUGUGGGCUCCCAGGAUGCCUUGGCUCUCCAGCCAUCACUACCUGUUCCCCAGAUUCCCUCGACCCCCUCUUGGGUCUUUCUGGGUGGGCCUCCUCCCUGGGGCCUCAGCUGUCUUCUGGCUCUGCAGCAUAUCAUUGUCCUGGCUUCUCUGCUCUGUGUCUCCCACCUGCUCCUGCUCCGCAGUCUCCCCCCAGGAGGACUCUCUUACUCCUAUGCCCAGCUCCUGGCCUCCAGCCUCUUUUCGAGUGGUGUGUCCACUGCCUUACAAACCUGGAUGGGCAGCAGGCUGCCUCUCGUUCAGGCCCCAUCCUUGGAGUUCCUUAUCCCGGCUCUGGUGCUGACCAGCCAGAAGCUGCCUAUGGCCACCCAGACACCUGGCAACUGUGAGCACAGAGCAAGGGCAGGGGCCUCCCUCAUGCUGCGCCUGUGUGGGGGGCCUGGCUGCCAUGGCCUGGAACCCGGGAACACUUCUCUCCGAGAGGUGUCCGGAGCAGUGGUGGUAUCCGGGCUGCUGCAGGGCACACUGGGGCUGUUGGGGGUCCCUGGCCGCUUGUUCCCCCACUGUGGGCCCCUGGUUCUGGCCCCCGGCCUAGUUGUGGCAGGGCUGUCUGCCCACAGGGAGGUGGCCCUGUUCUGCUCCAUUCACUGGGGCCUGGCCUUGCUGCUUAUCCUGCUCAUGGUGGUCUGUUCUCAGCACCUGGGCUCCUGCCAGUUACCACCAUGCCCUUGGAGGCUAGCUUCAGCCUCUCCAACUUGUGCUCACAUCCCUGCUUUCCGGCUUCUCUCGGUGCUGCUCCCUGUGGCCUGUGUGUGGAUCAUCUCUGCCCUUCUGGGUCUCAGCACUAUCCCCCUGGAGCUGUCUGCCCCCAUCGAGGCACCAUGGUUUUGGCUACCUCACCCAGGUGAGUGGGACUGGCCCUUGCUGACGCCCAGGGCUCUGGCUGCGGGCAUCUCCAUGGCCCUGGCAGCCUCCACCAGCUCCCUGGGCUGCUAUGCUCUGUGUGGCCAGCUCCUGCAUCUGCCUUCACCACCUCCACAUGCCUGCAGUCGAGGGCUGAGCCUGGAGGGUCUGGGCAGUGUGCUGGCCGGGCUACUGGGGAGUCCCAUGGGCACUGCAUCCAGCUUCCCCAAUGUGGGCACACUGAGUCUUACCCAGGCUGGAUCCCGGCGAGUAGCGCACUUGGUAGGACUGCUCUGUGUGGGGCUCGGGCUCUCCCCCAGGCUGGCCCAGCUCCUCACCACCAUCCCAUUGCCUGUACUUGGUGGGGUUCUGGGUGUGACCCAGGCUGUGGUUCUGUCUACUGGAUUCUCCAGCUUCCACCUGGCUGACAUUGACUCUGGGCGGAAUGUCUUCAUAGUCGGCUUCUCUAUCUUCAUAGCCCUGCUGCUGCCAAGAUGGCUUCGGGAAGCCCCAGUCCUUCUCAUCACAGGCUGGAGCUCGUUGGAUGUGUUCCUGCGUUCACUGCUGACGGAGCCCAUCUUCCUGGCUGGACUCUUGGGCUUCUUCCUAGAGAACACCAUUUCUGGCACACAGCUUGAGAGAGGCCUGCGUCAAGAACUUCCAUCUCCUUUUGCUGCCCAAGAGACUUGGAUGCCUCAGAUGUCCAGAGAGAAGGCUGUCCAAGAGUAUGGGCUUCCUCUCUCCAUUCAAAACCUAUGUUCCUGCAUCCCCCAGCCCCUCCAUUGCCUCUGCCCACUGCCUGAAGACCUUGGGGAUGAGGAAGGAGAGCCUUCUGAGCCAGGAGAGACAGCAGACUUGCUGCCUGGCUUUGGGGAGCCAUGCCCUGGGCCUACCAGAGAAGGAUUUAGUUCCCAGUAA